AUGGACUGCCAGCGCUGUCGCCAGCCGCUGCUAGAGGCAUCACCGGGCCCGGGCGGGCGAGGACUGGCGCCGCUCGGCGAGUCAUACGUGGUGCUGCCGCAGUCGCGCCGCGCGAGCGCGCUGCACGCAAGCCUGAACGAGAGCCUGUCGCAGCCCGUUGGCGGCGGCGUGCUGCAGGCCUCGUCGAUCCACGACCAGCUCCAGACCGUGGACCGGCUUGUCGGGCUCGCCGAGCGGUGCGCCUCGCUGCCAUGUGGCGUGCCACUCUGCGAGGACUGCGCGUCCGGCGUGGUGCGCGACCUCAACGCGCGGCUGCGGGAUGCGCGCGAGGAGCGGGACCGGCUCCAGGCCGCCUUCGCGGAGCUCGAGGCGGGCGACGGCGGCCCGUCGCACGGCGCUCUCUCCGACGCCGAGUUUGCGGCGGAGGAGGCGGCGAGGGAGCUCGAGGUGAGCGAGCUGCGGGCGGCGCUCGCCUCGGCGCGGCGCGAGCGGAGUGCGCUCGCCGACGAGGCGGUGCGGCUGCGGGCGCAGCGCGCCGAGCAGGAGGCGGAGGAGGAGGCGUGGCACGCCGUCAUCAACGGCAACACACUGCGCGCUCAGGCCGAGCAGGAGGAGGCGACCAGGGAGAGGCAGCUCGUCCAGUUUUGCCGCCGCGAGCUGGCGCGGCUCGGGCGCGUCGACGUCGUGAGCGACGUCUUCCGCAUCAGCUCCACCGGCAGCUUCGGCACCCUCAACUCGCUCCGCCUAGGCGCGCGCACCCCUCGUGGCUCUAGCGGCCGCUUGCCGGGCGUCUCUGUCGCGCUGCUCCUCGUCGCCGUCGCGCGCGAGUCGGGCGCGCGCUUCAGCUCGCACGCGCUGCUGCCGAUGGGGUCGUACUCCAAGGCGUACAAGCUUGACGAGCCGCGCGCGCUGUACGAGCUCCACGGCUCCGGCUCGCCGCACCUCGGCCGCAUCUUCGGCUCGUCGCGCUUCGACAAGGGGCUCACCAUGCUCCUCGCCUGCGCCUCGGACCUCCUCGCCUUCGCCGGCGCGCGCCCCCGCGCCGGCGUCGCGCCCGCGCCGCCGCACCCGAUCGAGGCGGACGCGGUGGGCGGCUUCUGCAUCCGGCUGCAGGCGAGCGGCGGCGAGGAGCGGUGGACGCGUGCCCUCCGCUGCUUGCUCGAGGACCUGUCGUGGCUGCUCACUUGGCGCCGCGCGGGGGCCGCAGCAGCCGCCACCGGCACCGCGCUGCACGCCGCGUAA